CCUGCGCGCCAAAAGGCCGCCGUCCUUCUGCUGGCGGCCUGAGGGUGUUGUCUUCUCGUCUGGUCUGAGGAGGCAGGGAGGGUGGACAUGCAGGCCCCAGUCGAUGGCGCGGGGGAUCGAGGUGGUCGGGGGGACCGAGAUGGUCGUGGCGGCCGCGGUGGCCGGGGUGCCGUGGGCCGUGCAGCUCACGGCCGAGGUCGAGGCAGAGGUCCCCCAGGCGCUGCCAGAAGGCCGAGGAUCCACGUUCAUGAGUUCACCCUCAGGGUGCCGUUCCUGUCUGCCUGGGAGGCCGAGAUCGCCUACCAAGCCCUGGCUCCCUACGAGGAGCCGCACCCGCAUGCCAUCCAUAAGGAGCUCUUCGUGCACGGCAGCUUCCUGGUGGUCAGGUGGAUUGCGGAAGACCUGCGUCUGCUGCAGCUCUCCUUCACCGUGUUUCUGGACCAGCUUUCCCACGUGGUGCGAAGCAUACUCCACUUUGGGCGCCUGAUUCACCCUGCUUCUCCACCGGGAAUUGGGGGCUAAGGCCCAGCCUUGUGUCCCAGGCCAGGGGCCGGCUUCCAGAAGGCUGCCACUUGCUUCCUGGGGCCUGCGUGACACUGGGCCUUGGACCCUAGGUCCACUUGGUUUGUUUCCUCGUUGCUGGAGGGAAGGUUGUGGAGGUUCAUUACUGCAGGAAAUAAAAUGCGAGCCCUAUUUCAUGGCAGAGUUUCCUUUCGGCUCCUGAGCCACCAGUGUGCCUUGCCUGCGCUGGAGGGUUAGAGAGGAGGCGCUGCGGUGACACAGCUCAGGAUAAGGUGGGAACUGGGGAAAAAAGACCAGGCUUCUGCUAGCC